AAUGGCAAAGGAUUGUGUUUAUAUUAAGAAUAGUUUAUAUAUGAACUUUUGAUGAUAUAAAUUUUUUUUUGUUUGUUAAAAGGAGCAGAAUCUUACAAUAAAAAAAAAAAGCUAAGAUCAAACCCUAAUUUUUGGUGUUUUCUUACGCUUUUUUGAUCAUUAAAUCAAGAAACCGAAGACGAUGAUAUAAAAUUAUACCAUAGUUCAGUGCAAACAAAGAAUUUCAAUUCAACAAUAGGAAAAAAAGGACGGUGAAAGUGUCAAUUGCCCUGUCGGUACAAACCAAGGGAGUGAGAGACACAAAGUGUUUAACUGGUUUUGACUAUUGCAACUUACAAAGACCGAAAAUAGUGCUAAACCCUAAGCUCUUCUCUAAGCCCCCAAAAUCCCACCUCUGAAAAAAAAAAAAAUUUGCUUUUCUGCUAUCUGAUUCAACACCUGAGAUAAUGAAGGUGGUGGCUUUAGUCAGCGGCGGCAAAGAUAGCUGUUAUGCUAUGAUGAAAUGCAUCCAACACGGCCACCAGAUUAUUGCUCUGGCUAAUUUAUUACCCGCUGAUGAUUCAGUGGAUGAGUUAGACAGCUACAUGUAUCAAACUGUGGGGCACCAAAUAAUUGUAAGUUAUGCAGAAUGCAUGGGAGUUCCAUUGUUCAGAAGGCGAAUACAAGGAUCCACAAGGCAUCAGAAACUUAGCUACCAAAUGACUCCGGGUGAUGAAGUUGAAGAUAUGUUUGUUUUGUUAAAUGAAGUUAAGAAACAGAUACCUUCUGUCACAGCCGUAUCUUCUGGUGCAAUUGCAUCAGAUUAUCAAAGGUUACGGGUGGAAAGUGUCUGUUCAAGGUUAGGGCUUGUUUCUCUGGCAUAUUUGUGGAAACAAGAUCAAUCAUUGCUUCUCCAUGAAAUGAUAACAAAUGACAUUGUGGCUAUCACAGUCAAGGUUGCAGCCAUGGGAUUGGACCCUGCAAAGCAUUUGGGCAAAGAAAUAGCAUUCUUGGAACCUUAUCUGCAUAAAUUGAAAGACUUGUAUGGAAUCAAUAUAUGUGGUGAGGGAGGGGAGUAUGAAACUUUGACUCUUGACUGCCCGCUCUUCCAUAAUGCUAGAAUGGUGCUUGACGAAUUCCAAGUUGUACUGCACUCUUCAGACUCCAUUGCUCCAGUUGGAGUGCUGCAUCCAUUGAAAUUCCAUUUGGAAAGAAAGGCGACCAACUCAUUAAGUGAUAAUGACAAAACCAAUGAUCUAUGUAGGAAGAAUAUCAGUUCUGUAUUUGAAGUGCAAGGUGAAAACCUGCAAGAAUGCAAAGCUCCAUGCGAGUCUGUUCCUGAAGUUAGUGACUUGGUUGAAGUUUCAAGUAAUAGGUUUCACCUCUCUAAAACAGAUAAAGAUAAUACUUUUUCUAUUUGUUGCUGGUUGCAAGAUCCAUCAGAACCUUCAGUAGGUUUGCAGCAAGAUUUGAAGCUGAUCCUUAGGCAAAUUGAGUUGCAACUUCUAGGAUGUGGUUUUGGUUGGGAGCAUGUGCUGUAUAUCCAUCUGUAUAUAUCUGAUAUGAAUCAGUUCACUAUGGCAAAUGAGACGUAUGUGAGAUUUAUUACCCAGGACAAAUGCCCUCUCGGUGUUCCAUCACGAAGUACUAUUGAACUGCCUUUAAUUCAAGCAGGUUUAGGGGGAGCAUAUAUUGAAGUACUAGUGGCCAAUGAUCAGAGCAAAAGAGUUUUGCAUGUUCAAAGUAUUUCAAGCUGGGCACCAAGUUGCAUUGGACCAUAUAGCCAGGCAACUUUGCAUCAGGAGAUACUCCACAUGGCUGGUCAGUUGGGACUCGAUCCACCUACAAUGACUCUUUGUGGUGGAGGCCCAACCGCAGAACUUGAACAGGCACUGCUUAACAGUGAGGCAAUAGCAAAAUGCUUUAACUGCUCAAUAACUACUUCUGCUAUUCUCUUUGUGGUUUACUGCUCGACAAAUAUUCCUUCAGAUGAGAGACCCAAAAUCCACGACAAGCUGGAUACGUUUUUGAAACAAAUUAAGCUAUCUCUUUUGGAUAAAGGGAGGAAAGCUGAAGUGCUUGAUCCUAUUUUUCUUUAUGUUCUAGUUCCAGAUCUGCCGAAAAGAGCAUUUGUAGAAGUAAAGCCUAUGCUUUAUGUCCCAGAGACCACAGAAACAACAGAAGAAACUUUGCAUGGCCUUUCUGGCAUAAGGGCACCUAGUUAUUAUGGUUUUCAACCUGCAGAUUGGCAUGAUUCAUGUAUUCAGAAAUGUGUCAUUCAUGGAAAGAUAUGUGCAGUGGUUUUGUCUAUCACAAGUGCAGUUGCCCUCAAAAUUUGUUCUGAUUCUAUGAAUGCUGAUUGGAGCAAUGGGAAUUGUCAGAAUUCUCUCACACAGGACCAAAUGAAAAGAAUAUCUAGAUUUUGCAUCUAUCUUCUCGACAAAAUUGUUAUUGAAAAUGAUUUCUGUUGGAAAGACACUAUGAGUUUGAGACUCUACUUCCCACCAAACCUUCAUGUGCCUUUGGAGACAUUAUCAUGCAUGUUCACAGACGCAUUCAAGGAACUUGAUCAGAUGAGUGGCAGUGCUAAAGUUGGCGGGAAGCCUAUCUUCAAUCUUGUUCCUGUCCUAGGUGCUGGAAGAUCUGCUGCACGCACAGAAGAUAUAAUCACCUGUGAGCUGUUUGCUCGGAAAUCUUGACCCUCUACUUCACAGGGCUUCAUGUUUUACUCCAAGGGAUGGAUUUGUUAACAAAUAAAUUCCUUUCUGAAAGUUCCAAAGCAACCCCGAAACAGUCACCCCAGUGUGCUUUGCUCUUGAAGGGGUAAUUCUUUUGGUCAGUUUAUAUAUAAGAUUUGAUGACAAUCGAUUUGUGACAUUAAAAGAUACAAAUGACUAGUAAUUUACUUGCAAGCAAUCUAAAGAAUGUUAAAAGUCGAUUUAAAUGUAAAUUGCAUGGAUUAUCAGUAUAUUCUGAUUGAGAAUUUCAUGUUCAAGUCAAUUAUGCUUGGAUCAAAGGCUGUUUCCUAAAUUCUGGCAGAAUUGCUGAAUAUAUUCUGAUUGAGAAUUACUAGGAUACCAAAGGGUUUACUAGGGUUUUAGGAAAAUACUAUUCAUUUUGAUAUCCUACUAGAAGCACUUUUUUUUUUGUAAGAAAAUCUGGGCAAGUAGUGUAUUUAAGAUGAUUUCAAUAAAUGAUCACCGGUAAGACUUGAAUCUAAGAUUUUUUUGGCAAAAAAGAUGAUCUUAACCGAUUGAAUCAAUCACUUGUUGGUGAAAUUAAAAGUUUUAUACUUUAUCAACUGUUGUUGGCUUUAUUUAUUUAUUUAUUUAUCAUUAUAGUGUGAAAAUGCCUAAGGUCAAGCAUUGACAAACAAAUGCCGUUGCAACAAACCUGAUUAUAAACUCAAAACUUACAAUAGUGGUGCAUUUGCUUUGCCUCAAAAUAACAUAUAUGAUAGCAGUAAGCAAUGAAUUACAUAUUAAUCAUUUCUUUUUUUUUUUUUCAAUAAAACAUAUAAAACAUUUCUAUAAAU